AAAAGGGGUGUGGGAGAGGGACUUCAGUACCCAGAAAGACUUGCGAAAAUGAUCAAGUGCCCUUCGCGUGGAAGAUGUCACUUGUAGCGAGGCUCUCAUCAGUUUCACACUAAACGCAUGCGGUGAUGUCUCCUCAAAAGGAAAGAGUCUAAUGGAGGAAAAUCUCUCAUGAGGUGGUGCAAGGUUUGUAUCCAGCCGUGGAACUCUCCUGGGACAGAAGUUGCCCAACAAAUUGCUGGCCACGUUUGUUUCGCUCUAACAAGCUUCCUCAGGGGCAGUUAUCUACAAGCAAGACCCAGACAGAUUUUUUUCUAGAAGUAUAGGAGAACCUUCUCCCACAGAGAGCCUCUUUGUUUGAUACAGUGGGAUUUCUAUAAGCCAGAUCAGGAUAAAUCAUCUCAAGAACAGCAGUAUCAUCAUGGCUGCGAUUUAUUCUGGCAUUCACUUGAAGCUGAAAAACUCAAAGACAUCUUGGGAGGACAAACUCAAAUUGGCUCAGUUUGCAUGGAUUUCUCAUCAGUGUUUCCUUCCAAAUAAAGAACAAGUCUUACUGGAUUGGGUGAGUCAUACGCUGGUUUCUUGUUACAACAAGAAACUUGAAUUGUCAGAUGAAAUUACUGGGAAGCUUUGGACGUUCUUGGACAAUGUUCUUCAUAGCAAAAAACUACAGAGUCUUCUCAAGGAGGGAAGAACUGUCACUCUACGUUUUUCAAUUGCCCAGGUCAUAAAUGAAAGGCUUUCUAUUUCUUAUACUCAAAAAACCCUGAAGGAUGUCAACACUGUACUAAAUUGUUGUAAGGCUAUCCUUUCCAUUCCUCCCCUCACUAUAGUUUACACUGCAAAAUCUGAACUGUUGGUGGAUCUUCUAAGUAAGCUGUCCUGGUUAGUAUGCUGGCAGUUGUCCUCAGAAGAUGCUGUGUCCUCCCAGUUGUUUGAAGUCCUCCAGUUGACCCUUGGGCAGUACCUUCUGAUUCAGAGGCAGCAAGCCAAUGCAAAUCGUGUAUUUGGACAAGUGACCAAACUUUUGCUUCAGCCAUGCCUGCUCUUGAGACACUUACUGACCGCCAGGGUGUGGACACAAUCAGAUGAUGGCCAUGGACGUCAGCACCUGAACAGGGAAAUCCGGAAUGGCAUAGAGACUUUGGUGAGGGCUGGCAUUUUCCAGCCAGAACUCUUGCCAUCUUACAGAGAAGAACUGCUGCCUGAGAAGGAAUCUCACAACAUAAAGAAAGGGGCUCUGAAAAGUUGCCUGCUGCCAGCCCAUACUAUCCAGAUGAUGGUUGGAGACACUAACUUUUGUCACCCAGCUCUUCAUGGGAAAACCGUAACGAACUCAGUUCCUCUUCUCUUUAAACUCUUUCUGGAGUCUUACAAUAAAGCUGAAAACCACUUAGUUUGUUUUCACAUGCUCACCAAGCUUUUUGGCUGCCUAAAGAUUGCUCGCAUGCAGGGGGAUCUUUGGAAUGAUCAGCUUUCUCCAUCUGAAUGGAGUUCAGAACUCCUUGCAGUGGAGCAGCUUCUGAACUCAGUGCUGAGCAGCAGUAUCUAUAAUGUUGCUGUUGACAAAAUUCGACACAAGGAGGUCCAGUUUCACUUCUACCGUCAGGUGGCACAGACACUGGUUAAUCACCCACAGGCCACUAUCCCUGCUUGGUUUAGGUGUUUCAAGGCUUUGAUCUCACUCAACCAUUUGAUUGUGGAGCCUGAUUUGGAUGACUUAGUGGCUUCAGCUUGGAUCGAUGCCGAAGUUUCUGAGCCACGUACAAAAAAGGCUCAGGAGGCUCUUAUUAAUGCUCUCUUUCAGACUUAUGCCAAGUUGCGGCAGUUCCAGAGACUCCUUGAAGAGGUUCUGUCUGUCAUCUGCCGUCCUGCUGCAGAAGUUUUAAGGCUUCCAGUUCUUCCUGCUGGUAUCAGGUCCAAGCUCUGUGAGUACCUUCUGGAACUGCCGCCCAAUCAGAUACUGGACAUUCUGUACCUCAUAUUAGAGAAAUGUCAGACUUCCAUUAUUCCUGAUGUCAGAGGUGAUUCUGACAUGGCUUUGAAGCUACAGUCCAUGAGCUCAUUGCUGCAUUCUGUUCUGUUCAAUAUGAGAAGUUUAAAUGAUUCCACUCCAUUGCCUGUGGUCCAUCGGGCUCAGAAUCUGUUGGAGACCAUGCAGAAGGAUAUCAUCCAAACUUUGUUAGAUCUGCUGAAGGAUUGUCAGGCAGAAGAUAGGGAGCUGGAGUUUUGGGUUGAGAAAGUCGGAUACUCUCUUCUCCUGCUUGCUUGCACCUGGGUAGCAACAGAUACCCUGUUUGGUUUAAAUUGCAGCAAGUAUACCUCUCCACUAGGCAAAGUAGCCCUUACGAUUGCUGAUCCCACUAUAAAUUUCUCAGACUUCUCAGCUGUUCUCCCUGGUUUUAAUGCAAAGUGUUGGGAAAAGAUAACUAAGCUUCUAAGUUGUUCCUGCUCAGGGAGUAGGUAUUGUAUAGAAUGGCUGGUGCUUCAGAAAAUGAAGAGGAUGUUGAUGUACUCCAGUUGUCAGACAGAGGCAUUGUUUCAAACUAUGCAGCAUGCUGCAGCUUUUAUCCUUCACUCUGGAAGAUCUUGCAUGAUUGAAGUUAAGCCUGAACUGUGGGACGGAAAUGCAGGUGUCAUCAGUAACUUCACUUACCCAACUGCUCACUGGCACCUUGUCAUUUCAAAUCUUCCAGUGCUGAUUCCCUUCCUUUCUGCAAAAGAUACACACUAUAUUGCAGAUCUGCUUCUAAAGACACUGUUGGUGAACCAAACACACGCAGCUUCCACUGAUGCUGAUGAUAUUUUAAUCUCAAUUGAAAAGGUGUCUAAAGAUUUCCUACACAGCCCUUUUCUUCCUGAAAUGAGGAUGCUACACUCAUCUUUCUUAAACCACAUAGUUCAGCAUUGUACUGAUGUGCUGUACUCUGCCGUUCAGAGUGUUGCCAAUCGGCCUCUUCAGCAGCUGUCUACGGAAGGUAUUCCACGGUGUGAAGCUGGUUUUUCUUCCCGUGUUGCCCAAGAGGGCCAUAAAGAUGAACUAUCCAUGUGCUGGACAGCGAUGGAGAAAGUUGCUCAAAAUAUACUGUCAUUAGUGAAAGUGAGUUCUUUUAUUACUUUAGAAGAAGAACAGAUCGAAAGGAUUUUGGAUUUGCUGGAGAUCAUUUCAGUAUUGAAUCUGGACAGCCUCUUUCCCAUGGACCAUGCUCGAAUCUUCCUUUUGCUGCUGUCUUUGGCUAUCAACACAAGAACGAAUGUUGCCUGUAGUGAGGCCUUGUCUUUGAAACUCCUGGCAACCUGCUUUCACCUCCUAGCAUGCCUACAGGCUGGCAGAAAUGUCACCUCCUCCUUUAAAGUUUUGCAUGCCAGUGAUGCUCUUGAAGCUGUCCUCACUGCCAUGUUUGAGGUUUGCAAGACUUUUGCCAGUGCUUUGACAGCUGUUCCUUGGGAGGAAUUCCUUCAUAGGGUCCAGGGUUUUUUGGAACACUAUCUUCAGGCAAUUCUUGAAAGGUGGCUGAGUGUGAAACUGAACAUGGAAAAGUUUUUAUCUUUCUUAACAACUUGCCAGCCAUGCAAAGCCAGCAGUGAACAUUCUGAGCAUUGCAACCCAGCUGCUGACCAGCUUUUGUUAGUGGCACUAACUGCACAAUGUCAUGUUCUGACUUUGCACAUCCAGAAGCAAAGUGGAAACCUGCAGGCUUCAGAAAAAAUGUUGCUUGGCUUGCUCAAACAGGCAGUGCUUCAAACAGGAACAACCAUCCAGCUUUUCCUUAGAAACAGUACCAAAGGCCAGCCGUUACCUUCAGUAUUUGUGCUGUGUGUUACAACCCUUCUGAAAGCUGAUUCAUCUUGUGCCCAUUCAGCAUAUCUUGUGACUGGGGAGGAUGAGCAAAAGAGGCCUAAAGUACCAAAUAGAUACCAGCAGCUUUCUCACAGUGAUUUUUACCAAAGAUUUUAUGCUCAGAUAUUGAGAGAACUGAACUUAGCAGGUGGCAGUGUCCAGCUCCUUAGCUCUGUAUUGCAUUUCUUAGCUGUCUUCUGUUCUGUGCCAGAGUUGCUUCCUGCACAAGAAGAUGCUUCUGUUGCUGUGUUCCAUUCCAUAAGAAAAUUACUUGCUGGUCCAGGAAUCACACUUCAAAUGAUUCAAAGUGUAGAAAUGCAACUGACAGAGUUGACUGCCCAGCUGGUAAAGAAUUGCACUGAUGACAACUUUUGUGCCAUGUUGAGGCUGGUGUUUGAGGGACUGGACAUUUGCAAUGUUUGGAAACAAAAUACUGAUCAAGUGUUAUCAGCUGUUAUUCUAGUUAAAUUGCUUCUUGGCUGCCCUUUAAGUGGAGAGAAAGAGAAAGCUUUCUGGUUUUCCAGUCCACAGUUAAUCACCGCUUUGGCUAUGCAAGCCAAAGAGGCUUCUCAAGAUCACAUAAUGACCCCCACUCUCCUUGUGCUUAUACUGGAGACAGCAGCAGUCCUCUUGAGGAAAGGAGAAAGGAUUCUCUCUAAUCCUCAUCAUGUUGCCCUUGUGUUCAGCAUUCUUCUGACCAUCCCUCUUGACCAUUUAAAAGCAGAAGACUACUACAGCAUCUUCUUGGGAAUUCAUGAAGUUCUUUUUUCCAUACUACAGUGUCACCCUAAGGUGAUGCUGAAAGCAGCUCCAUCUUUCCUGUGUAGUUUCCAUAAGCUGGUGAUUUCUGUUAUGCAUGAGGGAAGACAGAAAGGAGAUGGAGGGAUCAGUGAUGAACUGGAAGUUAUACUUAAAUGUGCCCAGAUGGUAGAACGGAUGUAUAGUUACAUUGCUGUGAAAACAGAAGAAUUCACUGUUUUUUCUGCCUUCAUUGUGGGCCAGUAUGUGACUGAAUUGCAGAAGGUAACCUUGCACCCAGCUGUAAAGAAACAUCUGACUGAAGGAAUUUAUCAGAUUCUUGAUCUUUGCAUUGAAAGUGAUAUCAAGUUCCUAAAUGCAUCUCUGCCAAUGGGAGUUAGGGACGUUUUAAGGGAAUUGUACAGGAACUAUACCCAUUACCACAAAACUUUAAAACGGGGGGAUGAAAGGUAUACAGCAUGAGGAACCUUUUCUUACUGUUUCAGAAUCUUUUGGAAGACCCUCUUUCAUAUGAGGUUUCCCUGUGCUUGCGUGACUAUGGCAGACUAUGCACUCUUUAGCAUUUAUAACAGAAUCUUAAUUUUUUUCCCUCUCAAAAGUUAUGAAAAAAUUUGUACACUUUCAUUUGUACCCCAAAGAGUACAGUCAGUUUGUAAUACCUAAAUCAUCAAGAAGCAAUGCAGCUCUUACGUUAUUGCAGAAAGUAAUAAUUUAUAUUUAAAAAAGUUUUGUUAGAAAGGUUUUGUUUGUUUGUUUUUUACAUUCAGGCCACAAAGUUUUUGUGGUCAACAUUGUUCAGAUAUCAUUAAGUAAUUGUUAACCUGAGAAUUCUUUU